UCUGUGAAAGUAUCCCGUAAUUUCGGCUUUGUUAAGUUGCGUCGUGUCAUUUUUUUCAAUAAUUACAAGGUAUUGAUGUGAUAACAGCAAUCAAACUGCGCACAAUUAUUAAUGGCACAAGUUCGUUUAAUAACACAUUGCAGUUUUGAACGUAAGCGCCAUGGAAACACCCAAUAUGCAUCCAUUGCCUCGGCUGCCCACGGAGAUUUUGGUAACCAUAUUCCAGCAUCUGCCGAUGUCCGAUUUGGCUCAAGUGCGGCUCACUUGCCAUCAUUGGUACGAUACGGUCUGUUAUACAUCUUCCCUGAUGGAACGGUUCGUACUCUCAUUUAAAAAUUGCCGUCUGUACGAAGGUUGCGAACAGAGCCGUGUUUUGCCCAAGUCGAAAAGCUGCUACACCAAGGCCACUCUUAAGGCGGUGGCUAUCGAAGAAAGCGAUUCUUUGUGGCGCUCGCUAGGAGAAAAUCUGCAGGAUCUCACAUUGAACGACUGUUCACUCUCGGGUGAUACGCUGGUUCAGCUGUUAAAACUCACUCCAAACCUGCGAUAUUUUGCCCUGAAAACUACAAAAUUCGAAGACUUCCGCAUCCAGGAUGUCGCCGUUGAUUUCAAGUUAGAGAAGCUGGAGACGCUUACUCUACGAUCUAUUUUUAUAUAUGAUGAAUGUUUCGAUAUGUUUAAGCAAGUUUGUCCCCGUUUAAAAGUCCUCAAACUUAAUUAUUCUUCAUUUGAGGGCUGGGGUGAGAAGCUUGUGCAGUUUGUACAAACGGUUCGAAGCACACUGGAAGGAAUCAAUUUGAGCUACACCAAAGUGAGUGCAACUCUUUUGCAAAAGAUAUCCACCAUCGAGAGGUUGAGGCUGAAAAAGAUAUCGUUGAAGUCUAGCUACGAUCUGAAGCAGCGUGAUAUUAUACAACUCAGUCGGGUUCAACCCACGAUAGUGCACCUGAAUAUUGACAAUCUGUUUCCGGCGGAUGAUCAGAUACUCGGCGAGAUAAGCAGAAACCUACCGAACAUGAAACGGAUCAAGCUUCACAUAUGUCGAGUGCAUAAUUUGCAUCAAUCGUUUCUUCGUAACAUGCAGCGGUUAGAGUAUCUGAAGAUCACGGACGCAACCCACGUGGCAGGGAAUCUUGAUCUCAGCUGCUAUGAGAAUCCCAACCUUGAAAAGCUAUACGUAUCUGCAGCCACGUUCUCCCGUAACACAUUGCCAAGAUUUUUCGAAAAAUCUCCAAACAUCCGUAGCCUGACGCUGUAUCAGUGUUCGUACGAAAAUAUUCAUGAUUUGCAGCUUUCGUUUGCUCAUUUAAAGUCACUGGAAUACUUGAACCUUCAACGCACAUUCGAUAUCGAUGAUAGCUUUUUUAGCAGAACCGUCUUCGAUAGCGUUAAUAUGCCGUUCGAGCGUAUAAGAUUUUUCGCUGUUACCAACCUUAGUAAGCUGUGCUACUUAAACUUAAGCCGCUGUAGAGAUCUAUCCGACGAGACGCUGGUGGCCCUCAGCUUUCCACGGCUGAAGAAAAUCGAUCUCCGAGGAUUGAACAUUACGGACUUUGGGAUACGUGCGCUGGUCCGACAAUGUCCCAGGUUGGAGUACGUUCAUGUGGAUGCAUGCAAGCGAAUAUGUGACAGCGCAGUGCUAAUGUUAUGCCGGGAUUUGAAGCGAUUAAAGUUGCUGAAUUUGGACGGAUGUCGAUCGAUCACGGACGCCUCGGUUGAACAUGUCACCAAUAACUGCCGAACGCUUGUGUGGCUUAACAUGAUGAACUGUCCGCUCCUAUCAGAAGAAGCCAAACAACGGUUGGAAAGUGUGCGAAGCAUACGAUCACUGUACGUUUAGUGAAAUGUGAUGACGGUUAGCUCGGUGGUGGGAAACUAUUUAUUGUAGGAUAUGGAGACGCAUCAAUUACGAGACAACUCGAGACUUAUCCGUCACGCGACUUGGCGGACCUGGCGAAUGGCACAAUAAUCGUUUAAUCCCGAUUUAAAUUUUGAUCAUUCUUGUGAUUUAGAGAAAAGAUAUUUACACGACUUUCGGAGGGUGGUGUAUUUACAAGUGAUCGCGGUAAAAAAAAAACAUUUUUAGAUGCAUUGCAUUGCAUACUGCUACAGUAGGAUUUUGGCCAUUGAGUAGAAAAAAAAAGUUUACGACAAAAUUUAGAGAUUUCGCUAAGUGUUGUGUUGUGGCAUUGUGGGCGAACAAAUAUGUAGUAGGAUAAUUAUAUAACAUAUCGAAAU